AUGCCAAACACGUCGCGCCAGGACGACAAGGACCGGUCGGCGAGGGCGCAGGAACAAGAGUUCAAACGCGCGCGCGGUGCCAUAUCUUGCGCAGAAUGCCGCCGCCUCAAGCUCAAGUGCGACAAGACCGUCCCCUGCUCGUCGUGCAAGCGCCGCGGCUGCUCCUCCAUCUGCCCCAACGGCAGCCUCACCACCGGCCAGGGCACCAGAUUCAUCCUCGCAGACACCGACCGGCUGCACCGCAAGAUCGCCGAGAUGAGCGACCGCAUCCGCCAGCUCGAAGACGCGCUCGCGAUCCUCCAGUCCAGCGUCACGCGCGACCUGCACCCGCUGCUCGUGCAGGACCUGCUCAAGAUCAAGUCCGGCCUCGAGCUGCACUCGGCGGCGCACCUCCAGGGGCGCGCGGCACACAGCGACGACGCCGGCGAGCAGGGCGACGAGGAGUCGCAGUACAUUGACGCGUUUGGCACGCUCGCCGUGCGCGACGACGGCGCGGCGAUGUUCUACGGACGCUCGGCGGGGUCGGAGGUGCGUCUCAGCACGCACCCGUCUCCCUUCCAGGACGAGAACGAAAAAUCGGGACAGCCACCGCCCGCCGCGCCGCACGCAUCGCUGCCGCGCGCGCUGGCCAGGCUGACGACCGCGUUCCCCGCCGCGCCGUCCGGGCUCGCGGACGCGGAUGCGGACAUGGACGUGCAGGAGCUGAUGGAGGCGCACCUGCCGCCGUGGCCGCGCGCGGCGCAGCUGUGCGACCUGUACCUGGAGCAGGCGCCGUGGUUCUUCGGGGCGGUGACGCGGCGGCAGCUCGUCGAGGAGGUGCUGCCGCUGUUCUACGCCGAGGCGGUGGAGUACCGCGCGCACGCGGGCGCGAGCGGCAGCGGGAGCAUCGAGGCGGGCGCGCUGAGCAGCUCCGCGGCGGCGUUCGACCUGCAGCGCGCGCCGAACAGCGGGACGGGGACGGCGCACGACCUGGCGCUGCUGUUUGUGACGUUCUGCUUCGGCGCGCUGACGGACGUCGAGCUGCCGCCCGCGCCGCACAACUCGGAGGCGGAGCAGUACUUCCAGCUGACGCGCGCGGCGCUGAACGCGGAGCCGCUGCUCGAGCGGCCGCCGAGCGUCGUGACGGUGCAGACACUGAGCCUGAUGGCGAUUUACCAGGGCCUGGUUGCGGAUGAAAACAGCAUCGAGAGCACGUGGGCGCUCAUGGGGCUCAGCUCGAAGCUGGCGCAAAGUAUCGGUCUGCAUCGUGAUUGCGCCCGAUGGAAGCUGCCCCCCGCGGAAGUCCAGAAGCGGCGUGCGCUGUUUUGGGAGCUGUUCAUCACCGACUGUUGGCAGGCGCUGGCGACAGGACGACUGCCCACGUUCUCGCUGCCUUUCGUCGACACAGAGCUCCCGGCAGACCCCGACGAGACCAUCGCGGACGACGGCACUCCUCAGCCUAGCUUCCCGGCGUGGAAAGCAAAGUGGGGCAAGGAGUGCGUCGCCGACGUCGUGCAGGGAACGCUCACCUCGCGCGCACCAAAGUACACCGUCAUACUCGACCUGGACCGCAAAAUCCGCGACGUGGCGCUCCCGAAGUACGCCAUGGGCGCGCCGCCCCAGAACGCGGGGCUUGCGCAGACGAUGGCGCACUUCAUGCCGAUCAACUACCUGCAUCUAACCCUGCUUUAUGUCCACCGCUGCUUCUUCGCACAGGCGCUCAGCGACCACCCGACGGACCCGCUCAAGAGCCAGUACGCCCCGUCGUUCCUUGCGGGCUACCGGAGCGCGUGCGCGUUCCUGGGCACCAUCCGCGACCAGUUUGCGAUCUUCCCUAUCCAGAUUGCGCGCUUCUGGGUGUUGUGGACCCAUGGGUUCUCUUCUGCGGUGAUGCUUGCGUCGGUCGUGACACACGGCGGCACGACCAAGACCGCGCAGGCGGCGCUCGGCGAGCUGAGGCUCGCGUAUGACCUCUUCGAGAAGGCGGCCAAAUACGGCGGCCGCGCCGUCAAGUUCCUGCCCAUCGUCCGCCGGCUGCACGAGAAGGCGUACCAGACGUUCAGCCAGGGCCUCCCACCCACGCGGGACAUCUUUGCGCCGCGCGUCGCGGGCGCGCGGCACGACGAGCUCUCCAUCUUCAGCGGGCGCACACACACCGUCGCGACCAAGGCGAACAAGCCCGCGCGGGCGCGUUCGGUCUCGCGACGCCGCCCCGGCGCGAGCUCCUCCGCGUCGCCCAUCUCACCCGACUCGACGGGCUCCCCGCCGGUGAUGUCGAGCUCCGGCUCGGCGUCGGGCGCGUUUCCGAGCCUGGAGUCGUACGGCAGCGCGGUGCACCCGAUGCUGGUGGACCAAAUGCGCGCGUUCCAUGGCGAGCUGGAUGCGCAAAUCCAUAGCGUGCAGGCUUAUUAUUUGAGCCAAGGC